AUGUUCAGGUUUAAUCUGUCGCUGCUGCCGAAUCCCAACAGGAAAACCCUAGCGAGGAUCUUUCUGCUCUCCAUCCUCUGCAUCCUUUCGUACCUCUUCGGCGUGUACCUGAACUCGCGGUCCUUGUUCCCGAACUCCGUCUCCAAUCUGACCGACAAUUGCAUCCACGAGCCCAAUUUCACCGCCAAAGUCUCUCCCUCCGCCGCCGCCGGUGGAGCGCCUCUCAACUUCGAGGCUCGCCACUCCGCUGCCUCCUCCCUGCAGCUCCUCCCCCUCCCCCCGAUCGAGUUCUGCGAAGGCAACUCCACCGACUACUGUCCCUGCCAGGAUCCCCAGCGGGAGCGCCGGUUCCACACGCAGGACCUCUUCCAUCGAGAGCGUCAUUGCCCGGGGCCGGAGGAGAGGCGGCGCUGCCGCGUGCCUAGGCCGGAGGGCUACCGCACGCCCGUCAGAUGGCCGGAGAGCAGGGACAGCGUCUGGUUCGCCAAUGUUCCGUCCACAAGGCUGACAGUCGCGAAGAAGGACCAGAAUUGGGUGAAGGUGGAGGGCGACCGGCUGAUCUUCCCUGGGGGUGGAACAUCGUUCCCCGCUGGUGUGAAGGGCUACGUCGCAGACAUGGCGGACCUUGUGCCCUUGAAGACCGGAGAGAUCCGCACAGUCCUGGACAUCGGCUGUGGGGUGAGUGGAAGAUGAUUAUAGUCUUCAGUAAUCUUAUCUUCCAUUCUUUGGUCGUAAACUCCAUUUUUUCAUGGUAGAAUUCUCAUCAGUUCCCCCAACAGUUCUAAUUACGACGAGAUAACAUCAAGAAUACACGCUCUUGCCCUUUUAUUGAGCAUUCGUUCUUCCUGAAUUGCUCAGUUUAUUGCUGCUCAUGCAUAUUUUCUCAUCAGCAGUCUUCUACCUGUGAAACGUUUUCGCUCUGGAUUCUAAUUUUUUUCCCAAGUUUACAUCUGGGGUGACUGCUAUUGGAGCUAGUGAAUACCCUUCUUAAUUGAUCCACUAUUGAGUGCUUUCAUGGGUGUUUAUUCGCAGUACAUAGUGUUUAUUCACCCUAUGUUUCUAUUGUUAUCAAGUUGGAGUUCACCACCAUUAGGUAGCUGUUUUCAUUAACCUUCUGUAACGUCUCUCUCUCUCUCUCUCUCUAUGACACAUACAGAUUCUUCACACCAUUCCCCCUUAGAUGAAAAUCACAAAGGGAGGAACAUGCAAGAGGAUAAAGAGAUAGACACCACACUGCGGAGUGUUAAUGCUUCAAGAUUGGCAUUCUUUUCUCCCUCUGUCUUGACUAUUUCAUGCAGAAGGGAGAUUGGUGGCCAUAUGACGCUGACUUAAUGCCGGUCCCAUAUUCCUAAAAAUGUAUUUGUCGUCUGAAUUUUGGAGAUAAUUUGGCAACAUAUGCCUAUUUGAAGAGCAUAAUCGUCCUUGACAUGAACACGUUGAUCUUGCACAGGUUGCCAGCUUUGGAGGUCGUUUACUGGACUUUAACAUCAUGACGCUGUCAGUUGCACCCAGAGAUGUACAUGAGGCUCAGGUACAAUUCGCAUUGGAACGGGGUCUGCCAGCCAUGCUUGGUGUCUUAAGCACCCUCAGGUUACCCCACCCUUCGAGAUCCUUUGAUAUGGCCCACUGUGCCCGAUGUCUGAUUCCAUGGACUGCUCAUGGUACGUUCUCAUGAAACCCCUUUGUUUCAUCUAGAUGACGCAUCUUUGAAUGAUUAAAGACCAGAAAAAUGUGCUGGCCAUCAUUCCUCAGUCCGGGGAUGAAUAAACUCGAUUAUACAUUUUCUCACUUUGUUCUUGCGUUUAUUUCAUCAAAUCUUUUUCGUGUAUUUCUUCUUGCCUUUUGCUGGUUCCACUCGAGAAAGAAACUCCUUAGAAAAUUUCAUUUCCGAUCUGCAGACAGAUGUUUAGGAAAUCUAAUUAUGAAACAAACUUAUACCCGAAUCAUUAUGAAUACAAGAGAAAUCCCUCUCAAUGAUAAUGAAGUUGGGCUUUUGAGAACUUGUGCCAAGCAUGUACUUGAUCUUCAUGUACCAUUCCACACUUCUGGUGUGAUGUGCAAAAUGGGUCCCAUGGCAUAGUCCUUCAUGUCAGCCACCAGGCUCAAUCCCACCCCCAAUAGUUUCCCAUAUAUGCUGCUGUUUUCCUCAUAAAAGAUACCCUUCUUCUCUCCUCUGGGCUAUGUGACCAACUGGAGCUCAAUUCCAAGAGUUCCCUUAAGUUGUUUGACCUAGUCAAAACACGAACCUUGUGGUCAACGAGGACACUUACCGCCAGUGACAACCCUUAAGUUGUUUGACAUGUAGUCAUGUACGAAGUUUGGUUACUUCAUUGGAAGGACAGCUCAAUCAAGGCUAAACUGACAAAGAAUUGAAGCUGAUCCUCAUGCACUUUACUUUUUCGAUUGCAGAGCCUUGAGAUCCUACAUUAGUGGGUAGGUCAAUGGCAAUUUAUUGCGCCAAUCACGAAUGGAUUUCAACACUAGAUAUUUUCGGUAUAUAGUAGCAAUGAUAUCUGGAUAUUUCAGAAGUAUACCCGUGCAUACAAUGCUCAUUUGGGUUCUGCUACAUCGAAACGCAUAUCACAGCAUAACAUAGAGACGGGCAAUGCUCGUUUUGGGCAGGUCAGGAAAAAUAUUCCGUUCGUGAUUACUUUUGGGCAAGGAGAAAAAUCUCAUGCAGAUAUCAAGUUUUUUUUUUAUGAUUGCCCGUCCAUAUUACUUGAAAAAAGAUAUAUUAUUUCUAUUUUUAUUUUUAUGGUAAGCCCCUUGUUGACAUGAAUGCUUAUGAUGUUACUGAUAAUAUGUAAAUAGUUGGUGAAUUUCUCCUCAUUGUGAGUGUGAAGUGCCGCAGCCUGACUUUGUGCCCACAUGUUUUCAGACGGACUUUACCUUCUGGAAAUUGAUAGAGUUCUUCGACCUGGUGGCUAUUGGGUUUUAUCUGGGCCACCGAUCAACUGGAAAUCUAUGUAUCAGGGUUGGAAGAGGACUCCGCAGGACCUGCAAGCAGAGCAGGCUGCUAUAGAUGAUCUUGCCAGACGCCUUUGUUGGGAGAAGGUCGUAGAGAAGGGUCCCAUUGCUGUUUGGAGGAAGCCCAGAAAUCAUGUUCUUUGCAGGAAGAGCUCGCAAUCUACAAAGUUUGUACCAUUAUGUGAGGGAAGAGAUCCUGAUGCCGCAUGGUGAUUCUCCCCUUCUCUCUUAUCUUAUCAUUUGCACUGAGCAUAUUCCUUACCAUUAUUGGAUAACCCAUCCUUCACCCAUAAUCAACAACGGCAAUCUGAAGAAAUGGAAGCUUCACAUCCAAGAUCAGCUAGCCAUAGUCUCCUUUGGAUUUCGGAUCUGUAUUUUUGUCUCCUGCAAAAUUUCUUUUUUUGAGUUCUAACUCUGUCAGAUCAGAGCAUUACCGGUUUUGGAUUGCAUGCGAACCUCACUAAGGAAAGUUUUCCUUCUUUACCUUACAACAGGUACGAGAAAAUGGGCACCUGCACGACUCCUCUUCCAAUAGCAAAAGCCACCAAUGAGGUCGCCGGGGGUUCUCUGAAGCUCUGGCCUGAAAGAUUAUGGGCCACUCCACCCCGGAUAACAAGUGGGAGUUUGAAGGGGAUUACAGUUGAUGCCUUCAAUCAUGACACUAAGAUUUGGGAGGAAAGGGUUUCAUAUUACAACAGCUAUAUAUCCUUGGAAUCCUCUGGGAGGUUCAGGAACAUCAUGGAUAUGAAUGCCGACCUGGGCGGCUUUGCUGCCGCACUGUCAGAAUAUCCAGUUUGGGUAAUGAAUGUCGUUCCUUCAGAUGCCAAGGAUGACACGCUGGGCGUCAUCUUUGAACGGGGUCUCAUUGGGACCUACAUGGACUGGUACUCUCCCCGAUCUUGCCCACUACUUUCUUUCUGCGAUCUCUGAUAAAGCUCAUGCAUUUAUUACUUUAAAAAAUUUUAAUUGAGAUGGGUUCGGUAUUUGAUCAUCUCAUUCCCUUUUUUGUGUUAGAUAUUUGAUUAUCCAAUACACUGUUACGAGGGCGAAUGAUUAGCAGAAAAGCUAAUCUGCCUGUCCAAUUUGCACCUAGAGCGAUCGAAUGAGUGACAUUCUGGGCAGUUUCCAUCUGCCGAGGGCUGACAGUGUGAGAAUCUCUAACUCACUUGCAGGUGUGAGGCUUUCUCGACGUAUCCUCGCACAUAUGAUCUCAUUCACGCAGCCGGAUUGCUCAGCCUCUACAUGGACAGGUGACCCUUCUUUCAUGAUCAUCUUUAUAUCCACGUGAAUUUGCUGUGAAUUUGCUGUGAUUUUGCAAUUAUCUGGUGGAAAAGGAAGCAGAUGAUGAGGCUAAUCUUGGUUGUGCAGGUGCGAUAUCCUGGACAUUUUGUUGGAGAUUGACAGAAUCCUGCGCCCUGCGGGAGUAGUGAUAAUCCGAGACCAUGUUGAUGUGGUCGCCAAGGCCAAGACAGCGGCUGACCGCCUGAACUGGCAGAGCCGCAUCGUCCACACCCAGCUGGGACCAUUCCAUGCUGAGAAAAUCCUCAUUGUUGACAACUCGUUAGGACCCGGCUCCAGAUGA